CGAGUAGGGAAGGCCAAUACAAGUAGCGGGAGAUGGUGUCGAUGGAAAUCGAGAUGUCCUGCGGUCUUGGCGUCGUAGUGCUCGGCCAAGAGCUGAGUACGGAGGCCUCGUGCGUCGGGGAUGCAAAGUCGGCGAGUGCCUUUGGUAUCGAUGUAGAGGAGAUUGUUGUGGAGGGAGUAGUCGGGAACUGGGUCAAGAUCGCGGAGCUUGUUGUAAACGCGGGCUUGGCGUGGAGUGAUAUCUUUCUUGGAGAGGAUGGAGGACACGAUGGUGUUGUCGGUGCGGAUGGUGAAGUAUUGCCCGUCGAGGUACGGGCGCUAGACUGUGAGGGCGUGAAUCACGGCGAGGAGUUCCUUCUCGUUGGAGGGGUAAUUCAUCUCCGCGGGAAGGAGCUUCUUGCUUGCGAAGGCGAUAGGGUAUUCGCCAGGUGGAGCCUCGGGGUGAGUGGGCGAGUCCUUGAUGGAGGGGGUCUCGRCGGUGUCGCGGGGGAAAUGUUGGGACAGUWCGGCUCCGAUGGCGAAGUCGGAGGCGUCRGUGGUGACAUAGAAAUGGCGAGUGGGGCGGCGAUCUUGAGGACAGGGGCCGUGGUGAUGGUUUGCUUGAAAUUUUUGCUCUCGGAGGAUCGCGAGGAUUUGGUGGAGGUGCUGAAGGUGGGACUCGAAGGUGGGGCUGAAGACAAGGAUGUCAUCAAGGUAGACAACGACACAGACUUCGAGGAGGUUGCGGAAGAUGUGGUUCAUGGUGGAUUGGAAGGUAGCGGGGGCAUUGGCGGUGUGCUGGAUGCAUCGGAUGAGGGAGGAGGUAGAGGGAACGGAACGAUGGUGGGGGUUGAAGGGUUGGUGGAUAUGGCGGUAGAGGUGGUAGGAGUGGAGGAGGUCGGCAGGGGGGUGUUGCUGGAGGCGGCUGUGGAGGAGGGAGUGGUUUGCACUGUGGAGGCUGGAGUGGUUUGCACUGUGGGGGUUGGAGUGGUUUGCGUGGUGGUGACGACCGUGAUGGAGGGGAUGGUCCCUUCGAUCGUGGUGACGCGGUCGCAUAAGGACGAGACGUUGGCCUUUAUGUCGUCGAGAGAGGCGGUGACGGAGGUUUGGAAGGUGUUGAGUGCAUGGAGGAUGGCAGAGAGGUCGGGGGUGGCGGUGUUGGCUGGUGGUUGUUCGCCUGCAAGGUUGCGGGCGAUGCUAUCGACUGAGUCGGUGCGGAUGUCAGACAUGUUGAUGGAGGGUGCGGCCAUGUUGGGGGAAGAGUGGGUGGAGGACGUGGCCUGAACGGGAGUGGAAGAUGCAGCAGCAGCGGUGGCGGCGGCGGCAACACGUU